UGUGAAUCACGUUGGAGUAUUUCUAGAUAUUUUAUUUUUCACGGCCAUAAUGAUUAAGAAGAUACAUAACAUUAUGCAGUAAAUUGAAUAUUAUAUCCUGGUGCUUUCAUGGCCUGCAACACAGUAGGAUGUUUCUCUUUGUUUUUUCAAUUCAUUCUUUUAAUCCCUCUAGUCAUUUUCUCUUCCUUAUUUCUACCAACUACCACGGCCAAGGGAUUCUCAAUUGAAGAGGCAACUGUCUAUGAUCUCCAACUUGCUUUCCGUAGAAACCAAUUAACCUCUAGGCAACUAGUUGAGUUCUACCACAAACAAAUACAAACCCAAAACCCAGUUCUGAGAGGGGUGUUGGAGUUAAACCCAGAUGCACUAGCACAAGCUGACAAAGCUGACCAUGAGAGAAAGGCUAAUGCACCAGGGACUCUUCCAGCAUUGCAUGGAAUACCCAUUUUGGUUAAGGACAACAUUGCUACCAAGGAUAAGAUGAACACCACUGCAGGCUCUUUUGCACUUCUUGGCUCUGUGGUGCCUAGAGAUGCAGGUGUAGUUACCAGGUUAAGAGAAGCUGGUGCUAUCAUUUUAGGCAAGGCCACCCUGAGUGAAUGGUCACAUUAUAGGUCGAAUGAUGCACCCAGUGGUUGGAAUGGCAGAGGUGGAGAAGGAAAGAAUCCAUACACAAUGGAUGGUCCCUGUGGAUCUAGUAGCGGAUCAGCAAUAUCAGUGGCCGCAAAUUUGGUGGCAGUGUCACUUGGUAGUGAGACUGAUGGGUCCAUUUUAUGCCCUUCAGGUUCUAAUUCAGUAGUGGGCAUUAAACCAACAGUUGGCCUCACUAGUAGAGCAGGGGUAGUUCCCAUCACCCCAUUACAGGACACAGUUGGACCAAUUUGCAGGACUGUAUCAGAUGCUGCUCUUGUUCUUGAAACCAUUGCAGGCAUCGACGUCAAUGAUAAGGCAACAAUCAAAGCAUCAAAGUAUCUCCCAAGAGGUGGCUAUGCUCAAUUUCUAAAGAAAGAUGGACUGAGAGGAAAGAGAUUAGGUGUUGUAAGAACAUUCUACGGUUUUGGAAAUGACACUUUUAUGCAUGAUACUUUCGAACUGCACCUGAAAACAAUAAGGCAAAAAGGAGCAGUUUUGGUUGACAAUUUGGAGAUAAACAACAUUCAGGAAAUCUUUAAUGACCAAAGUGAAGACAUUGCUAUGGCAUAUGAAUUCAAAUUAUCCUUGAACGCAUACCUCGGAGACUUAGUUGCUUCCCCAGUGAGAAGCUUGGCCGAUGUGAUAGCCUUCAACAAGAAACACCCAAAAUUGGAGAAACUUAAGGAGUAUGGGCAAGAUCUCAUGUUGAUAGCUCAAAAGACAAAUGGAGUUAGGGAACUGAAGGAAGCAGUGUUAAACAUGGCAAGAUUGUCACAUAAUGGAUUUGAGAAAUUAAUGAUAACAAAAAAACUUGACGCGGUGGUAGUACCCAUUUCAUUCUUUGUUAGUAUACUAGCAAGGGGAGGUUAUCCUGGAGUAACUGUUCCAGCGGGAUAUGAAAAGGGUGCACCAUUUGGAAUUAUCUUUGGAGGUUUGAAAGGCUCAGAACCAAAGCUCAUCGAAAUUGCAUAUUCCUUUGAGCAAGCUACUUUGAUCAGGAAGCCCCCACCACUCCGAAAGUUAAAGGUUUAACCGUUUCAAAAAAAAAAUGUCAGAAUUAUGAUGGAAUUGAAUAGCCAAUAAAGUGUUUGUUUAAUGAUGGCCGAGACUAGUUAUGAGUUAUAUCCAUCUAAGAGUAAAUUAAGUAUUGUCAUGUCCUUCUAUCAGAAACUCUGACAAAAACAAUAAUAUAUGGCAAUAAGGUUCGAAGUGUGUCUAUUUAGCAUCUGAGUUCAUUGCA